AAUUCCAUCUUCAAUAUUCGCAUCUUUUGCUUUCACAUCUCAGUUAUCGUUUGAUUGUUGUAUUCAUUUCUUUCUUCGUCUUCUUCAUCAAUCUUCCUCCAUUUUCUUGUUCUACCAACUAUUACCAAUCACUGUUUUCCUUCUAAGUUCAAAUAAGCCAUUUAUCACAAUAUCACUCUUGGGUGUGGUUCAAGAAUCCUGUAUAUCUCGAAUCUAAAAGCUGUUUAUGGUAUAUGAAGUCAAUGAAUACAUGGAUAAGAAAGAACAUAUUGCGAUAUUUACCACCGCUAGCCUUCCAUGGAUGACCGGAACUGCCGUUAAUCCUCUAUUCCGUGCAGCGUAUCUCGCCAAAGAUGGACAUAGAAAGGUUACUUUGGUCAUUCCUUGGCUGUCAAAGAGCGAUCAAGAAUAUCUAUAUCCCGACAAAAUAACAUUUAAUUUGCCCAAGGAACAGGAGAAAUAUGUCCGCGAGUGGAUUGAGCAAAGAACUGAGUUUUUGUCUAGUUUCAAUAUAUGUUUUUAUCCGGGGAAGUUUUCUAGAAGUAAAAGAAGCAUUCUUGCUCUUGGGGAUAUAACAGAGAGCAUUCCGGAUGAAGAAUCAGAUAUUGCCGUCCUUGAGGAACCCGAGCAUCUUACGUGGUAUCACCAUGGUAAAAGAUGGAAGAUUAAAUUCCGUCUUGUUAUAGGAAUUGUUCAUACAAACUAUUUGGAGUACGUCAAAAGAGAGAAAAAUGGACGUGCUUAUGCCUUUCUUCUGAAGUACAUGAAUAAUUGGGUGGUCGAUAUAUAUUGUCACAAGGUGAUACGGUUAUCUGGUGCUACACAAGAACUCCCAAGAUCCGUUAUUUGCAAUGUUCAUGGCGUUAACCCUAAAUUUCUGGAAAUCGGGAUGAAAAAGAGGGAAGAACAGAAACUCGGAAAACAGGCGUUUACAAAAGGUGCAUACUUUAUCGGGAAAAUGGUGUGGAGCAAAGGCUACACGGAGUUGCUUAAACUUCUUCGUGAUCACCAAACGGAACUCGAUGGACUUGAGGUUGAUUUAUUUGGUACCGGUGAGGAUUCUGCCGAGGUACAAGAAGCUGCGGAAAAGUUGAAUUUAACCAUCAGGGUUAAUCCAGGACGCGAUCACGCAGACCCUUUAUUUCACGAUUACAAAGUGUUCCUGAAUCCAAGCACCACAGAUGUGGUCUGCACAACAACCGCCGAAGCUUUGGCAAUGGGAAAAAUCGUCAUUUGUGCAGAUCACGUCUCGAACGAGUUCUUCAAACAGUUUGCCAAUUGCCGAACCUUCAAGGACGGAGAGAGUUUCGUUAAUGUCACCCGCCAAUCGUUGACCGAACAACCGGCCCCACUUACCAAUUCACAAAUGCACGAGCUUUCAUGGGAUGCUGCAACCUCAAGGUUUCUAAAAGCAGCCGAGCUCAACAAGGCUCCCGAGAAGAAACUAACAAAGUCGCAUUCUAAGAGCUUUUUGUCAUCAUCAUUGGGUUUUCAACGGAAUCUCGAGGACGCAUCUGCGUUUAUGCAUUUUUUCGGAACCGGAUUCGUGAGUUCGGUGCCGAACGAACAACAAUGUGAAGAGCUCGGGUUGAAUGCCCCAAGUAAAAAACACGGAUAUCCACGUCCAAAACACGCAUCUUGAAGUAUUUAUGAUGAAUAUUCAUAAUGCAUAUCAUGAUGAAUAUUCAUAAUGAAUAUUGCAGAAAUGCAACAUUUAUCAUGAAUAUUCAUAAUGAAUAUGAUGAAUGUUUAUAAUGAAUAGUGCAGAUCGUUUGUCGUUUGUGUAGGUUUUGCUUUCGGAUCGGUAACGACUCUGUUUUCGGUUUAGGUUUCGGUUUGACGUAGAAUUGUUGUAUCCUUAGUGAUCUUGUUAUUUAUAAGUUAUAAUUCUUUGGUGACAAAUGAUAACUUGUAUCAACUUAUUCCUUUUUUGUC